AUGAAAAUGUUUGAUUUUGCUCUGCAUAAAUAAAUUUAAAUUAUAUAUUACAAUUUUAUAGUGAGUACCUAUCCGUGUAUUUAAUGUAAAUGGAAAUUUAUUUUGAUUGUGAAAGUCUUGUACAUCAUUUUCUUGUUGGGAGUGUCACAGAUGCGCUGACCUUCGUUUGGAUGCACAACGCACAACAAAGCAUCAAAUUGACGGCUGCCCUAUUUUCACAACAAUCUUGAGAUUUGUUGUUAGAAUUUUAAUUAUCCAUUCCGUAUAAUAUGCUAAAUCGUCGAGAUUUUUAUGUUCGUAGUUGCUGUAUUAUGUGUUAUAUAUGUCGAAAGUAAAAUGAAAAUGGAAUCCACGACUACGCAAACAACUAUAUACGACUUGGAUAACAGUUCAACACCAAAGACUUCUUCUUUUAUGAAAGUGAUAGUGGGCUUAGAGAAAUAGAAUUUUACUAUUUAUAACAGAUUUACACGCAAUAUGAAUGAAAGAGAUAUUCCUAGUGUCCCUGUAACAACAUUGGCAGGUGUCGCCAGCUUGACAGAUCUUUUGCCAGUGUUACCACUUCCUACUCCUUUACCAUCGACAUUAAAUAACAAAUCUCAGUUAUUUCAUCCACGUGUUGCUGAAGAAGCAGCAAUAUUGUUGGCUACUCAAGAUGAAAAUUUGGUGACUUUGUUGCUGCAAUCACUAAUGCAAACUUCAGUUCAACAUAUAGAUCUUAAGGAUGAAAUGAUAUCUAAUGCAGUUAGCCCUGCACCCCAACAGGCUACUCCUGAAUUGCUGAAAGCUAUCUUACAUGUCAAACCUGAUGUAUUUGAUCAGCAACAAAGAAAUCAUUGGGGCAAUCAUCUCCAUACAUCAAAGUUCAAUGGGAUGUCUCCUUCUGCUUCAUAUAAUUCUUAUACUGCACACAAUACUGUUCAUUCAAGUCCAUCAUCACAUGGAACAGCUAUACAAUCGGCAACAAUUCCAAAUCAACAGUUAUUAGCAACACCAUGUCAAUCCUCUCCUCAUGUUAAUAUGGGCUCACCACCCUCCCAGUCGAGGCCAGGUACCCAAGUCAAUAUAACAGCUCAAAACAAUGUAUCUCCAUUAUGGAAUAGUGCUAAUUCUUCCAAUGUUUAUACAAGUCCCUUAUCAAAUACAUCUGGCACUAAUUCACAAAAUGGUGGAUUCUAUAACAGUCUAGGCCAAGAUAACAGAAAUUUUGGCACUAGCUUAUGUGAGGAGAAAGAUCCUCUUUCUAUGUCACCAACAAAUCAGUCUGACCCUCAAAGAGUCCAUAUGCAGUCUCAAGAUAAAGCAUUUGAACAAGGUCAAUCCCCAGCGCAAGCGAGUGUUGCACCAUCACCACUGCGGCUGGAGCCCCAUGUACCGCAACCAUCGAUGGGUGCUCCGUAUGCCCCACCUUCAGCCCAAUUGGACAAACUGGAAUCUACCAAAAGUAUGAACAUAACAAACAACAGAUAUCCAGUUGUAAAAAUUGGACGAUUAUCGGAGGGUGUGUUGAAAAAACAUGAAACACCCAAUGAAGAUAGGUCAAGAAAAAAUAGUACACUUGAAUCUGACUCUGAUGAUAAUAUUCCACUAAAAACAAAGUGUAGUAACUCAGCACCUCCUGUAGAUAAAGAAAGAGAAGCGAUAGAUAUAGCUAGAGAAAAAAACUGGGAAGCAGUGAAAAGGAAACAUGAGGAAGCUAGUAAAAAGGAAGAAGCAGAGGCUGCCAUUGUUAGACCCAAAUUACGGAAAGUGGAAAGAAGGUUGGUUCCUGUGAUAGAGAUGUUGUCAGUAGAUGAACUUAUGGAGUCUAAUACGUAUCAACGAUUUAACAAGUUGAUUGAGUCGGUAUUUGAAACAAUUGAUGAUGACAUUAUAAUAACUGAUGAGAUGGAAGGAACCGAUAUUCCUGAAGAACUUUUACUUCCACGAUAUCAACUCCAAGAGCUAUGCUCUGAGGCUGCAAAGCUAAAGAAUCUUAGUGCUAUGGAGGCAAUUCCUUCUGAUAGAUUAGUGCGAUUAUUGAAUAUAUUGGAAAAAAAUAUACGAGCUGCUGAGAAAAUGUCUCUUCUGGGAGAUCCGGAGGAUAGUGAAGAAAUGAGACAAAUAUGGAUUGAAUCUGCUUUGGAAAGAGUAAUGUGUGCUUCGGAUGCGUGUUUAACAUCAUUGUAUGUAAUGACCUCACCCAAUAUGCCGAAGCGGGUGUUUCUAGAAGAUGUAAUAGAUAGAAUCAUUAUGUUUAUAAAAUUUCAACUCAAUAACACAAUCUAUUGUGUAUAUGAUCCUGUAUAUAGUAUUCAAACUACAUCUAAAAAGAAAGUGGACGGGCGCAAGCGGCGUGGCGGCGGCGCGGGCGGCGGCGGGGGCGCGCGGCGCGGCGCGGGCGGGGGUGGCGGGGGUGGCGGCGGCAGCUCGGGCCGCGCGGCGCGCGACCUCUACACGCAGGUGCACGAGUGCGUGGCGCUGCUGGCCGAGCUGCUCGCCGCGCACCACCUCACCGACACCACCGUGCUGCACGCCUCCACGGUCGGCGUCUCGCCCUUCUUCGUCGAGAACGUCAGCGAGCUCCAACUCGCCGCUCUGAAGCUCGUCACCACGAUCUUUACGAAAUAUGAUCAACAUCGACGGCUAUUGCUCGAAGACAUAUUGGCAUCUAUAGCACGCAUUCCCAGCUCGAAACACAAUUUGCGAUCCUUCCAGCUGAGCUCGAAUCAACAUAUACAGAUGUUGACGGCACUCGUGCUUCAGCUAGUCCAAUGUGUGGUCACUCUGCCCGAAACUCUCUGCAAAUCUUUUGAAAAGGACAAAGACAAAGAUAAAGAGCCUAAUACUGAGGUUGACACAAAAAAACAUGUGGACAAAGAUCUAUUGAUUAUAUCCAAGUACGAAGCAGCAAUUAGUGUCGGCGGUACAUUUUUAACCUCAUUCUUGAACAAGUGCCGAAGCCGCUCGGAAGAAGUGGACUUCAGGCCUUUGUUUGAGAACUUUGUACACGAUCUCCUUACCACCGUUAAUAAACCAGAGUGGCCUGCCACUGAGCUGCUGUUGAGUCUUCUCGGGACAAUGCUGGUGAAAUACAUGUCAGAUAAAUCAAUGGAGAUGUCAGUGAGGGUGGCGUCGUUAGAGUACUUGGGUUUGGUGGCGGCGCGUUUGAGGCGGGACAGUGUUCAUUCCCGUACUAAACUUGCUACGAUGGAUGCUGUUGUGAGAGAUAUACGUGCAGAAGAAGAAAAAGAUGGAAACCAAACACAGAGUGUUACAUCAGGAUUAGAUGAAGAUGAAGAAAGAACAGAGUUUCUUCAACGAGUAUUGCUUGAUUAUUUGGCUAUCAAUGGACAAAAAGAUCAGGCCUGGAACUGUGCUCGACAUUUCUACAUAACACAGUGGUAUAGAGAUAUGGUAGUGCAACCUAAGAGCUCCUCGCCUACUAAAAGACCAAAACACAAAACAAAGAAACGCUAUAAAGAUGAAACUAGUGACGAAGAAUCUGAUGCCGACGAUGACAGUGAUAGUGGUACAAAAGACUCAAAGUCAGACAAGAAACACUGUGCCACCGCUUUGAUGUCCGCAGAGAAAUUCAAAACUAUCGAAAGGCGGAAACAUUUCUUUAUAGAAAAAAUAAGACCAUUCCGCUAUCAGGGAGGAGCACAGGUGCAAGUGAUGCAGUCUUAUAUUGACUAUAGUGGAGCAGAACUGAUAUCACAAUACUUGGCUUCAAAGAGGUCGUUCUCGCAGAGCUUUGAUCGGUACCUACGAAAGAUACUGGUGAUAUUGUGCGAGAACACGAUAGCGAUACGUACAAAGGCGAUGAAGUGUCUUGCGAUGAUCGUAGAAGCAGACCCUGCGGUGUUGGCGCGACCGGACAUGCAAAUAGGCGUCAACCGGUCCUUCCUCGACCAGUCGACGGCUGUGCGGGAGGCCGCAGUCGAUCUUGUCGGCAAGUUCGUACUCAGCCGGCCCGAUCUCAUCGACAAAUAUUAUGGGAUGCUUUCAAAUAGAAUAUUAGAUACUGGAGUAUCAGUGCGAAAGAGGGUAAUAAAAAUCCUUAAAGACAUUUGUAUAGAGUGCCCUGAGUUUCCCAAAAUUCCUGAGAUCUGCGUAAAAAUGAUUAGGCGUGUAAAUGAUGAGGAAGGCAUCAGAAAGUUAGUUAUGGAGGUGUUCCAAAACAUGUGGUUCAGUCCAUGCCCGAACUCGAUGCGGCCCGGCUCGCUAGAUAUGACUGCAGCCGCUGCCGAUCCCCUUACUAGGAAAGUCCUUAAUAUUACAGAUGUUGUAAUAUCCUCUAGAGACAUGGGUCUUGAAUGGUUCCAACAACUUUUGAUGAGUUUAUUUAAACCUAAGGAGGACAAAGAUGACUCUACUAAAAUUAUUCAUCAACCAUCUAAAUCGCUUUUAGUAGCAUGUCAACAAAUAGUUGACUGCCUUAUCGAAAGUCUACUUCAGCUAGAGGAGUCCAGCGCAGAAGGUUCUGGUUCUUCUCAGCGUAUUUUAGCGUGCCUUUCCACAUUACAUUUAUUUGCGAAAAUUAGACCACAAUUACUAGUAAAUCAUGCUUUAACACUGCAGCCGUAUCUAAGUUUAAAAUGCCAGAAUCAAUAUGAGCAACAAAUUAUGUCGACUGUGGCGUCGACAUUAGAACUAGUGGUACCGUUAAUGGAACAUCCGAGCGAAGUAUUUCUCGCUCAGCUAGAAGAAGACGCUGUAAAACUGAUCUUACAACGAGGACAACUUGUCAUAGCCUCCUGCAUUGCCUGCCUUGCGGCCAUUGUCAAUACUCUUACACACAACUAUAAACUUAUUAGAGAUGUCUUCAAUAAAUAUCAUGGAAUACUUCUUCAAUGGAAAAGCAGUUGGCAACGUAACCCAGAAAUGACAAGAACAUUAAAUACCCGACCGCACUUUCGCCGCGCACUUUUUAUCGUAGGAUUGCUAUUGCGGUAUUUCGAUUUCACAGAAACAAAAGUUAUCGAAGGAUUACCGAAUGAUAUUAAAGAACAAGUAUACACAACAUUAAUGUUCUUCGUAAAUCUUGAAGAUGAAGAUUUUGUGUCACAUACGUUAAAGGCGCUGGGUUCAGUUGGCGUGCGACAUUACGAAUUUAUGUUAAGGCCAGAAUUAAAGGAAUUUUAUCACCAAUUACUAACAUCUGAUCUAGCCCCUAUAGAAAUGAAAGCUGAUGUCCUUAGAAAUAUAGAGAUGUACUUACAGGAGGAAGAACAAAGAAUGAUUAGACAAGAUAAAGAAUGGUCAAAGCGUUCAAAACAUGAAAAUCUGAAGGAGAUGGGUGACGUAUCGUCUGGCAUGGCCUCCACGGUGAUCCAAUUGUACCUGAAGCAAAUCCUAGAAUCGUUCCUGCAUGGCAGCACCGUAGUGCGCUCCAGCGCCAUGAAGGUCGUACACUUGGUCUUAGCACAAGGUCUCGUACAUCCAGUACAGAUCGUUCCCUAUUUAAUAUGUAUGAGUACAGACACUGAAGUGACAGUGUCACACACAGCAGAUAAACAUCUGCAAGACAUAGACAAAAAAUACCCAGGUUUUAUUCAUAUGAAGGCUCAACUUGGUAUCAGACUGUCAUAUCAAUUGCAGAAAAUUUUACAAAGUAGCGGAAAUAAUGAUGUCAUACGAGGGUUCAGGAAAAAGGAACAAGAUGAUCUACCUACUGCACACAAUGGAUUUCUAUAUUCCUUACUGCGUAAUACGAGGCCGCAACGGCGAGCAUUGGUUUUGUCGCUACUGAAACAGUUUGAUGAUGUUUCUACCGCGCCCUUGGAUCAAAUGUUGUACCUGGCAGAUAAUUUAAGUUACUUUCCCUAUCAAGUUCAAGACGAACCACUAUUUAUUAUACAUCACAUUGAUAUUAUAAUUUCAACCUCGGGGUCGAAUUUACUACAGCUUUUUCGCGAGGGAUUAAUAAAAACGAACACGGAAGAGAAAGAGCAGUUGGACGAGGAAGAGGAUGAUGAGGAAGCGGAGGCCCUGGUGGCGAGACUGCCAGUGAGCACGCGGCCCUUGCGAGACGCCAUGCGGCAAGCACGCGGCUGUCUUUUGCUGCUUGUCCUCAAGCAGCACCUUAAGCAACUUUAUGGCUUCACUGACGCAAAAAUUAAUCAGUACUCGCCUUCGGAGAGUGUAAAAGUAUACGAGAAAGCAAUUUCGCGGCGACACGCUCCAAUAUUCGAGCCUAAAGCCACUAUCGCGCAGCUUAAUGAUGUUGACGAUGAUGAUGAGCUCGAUGAGCAUGGUUGUCGACGGCUCGUCGAUGACUAUUUAGAGUUCAAGCAAUUAAUGCUGAAAUUUGAUCCGGAAGAAGAAGAUGACGACGAUGGUGCGGCAACGAACGCGGCGGGUGCGGCGGCGGGGGCGGCGGCGGGGGCGGGGGCGGGGGCGGGGGCGGGCGGCGCGGCCGCCGCAGCCGCGCCCGUCACGACGCCCGCGCCCGCGCCGCCCGCCGGCACGUAGCGCGCGCACUAGGACCACAGGGGAUUGCAUAUCGUCCGGCGUGCGUGCUAAACUAACUGACUCCUAUUAUGUGGUUUGAAGUGGUCGACGUUUAUUGUUACUUUUCUCCGUUUAUUUGGUUAUGGGAAGAUAGUUUUUCUAUCGACUUAUUAACUUAUCUGCAGUAAAAUUAUUUUCCGGUAAUUAAUUGCGACACAAGAAAAAGAAACAUUAAAUUGCGAUCGUCUUCAGACUAUAGUUUUGAGUUAUUUAGUUCUUCACUUACGGCAUGUACAGAGUGAAGGCUUUUUGACCAGUGCUAAUUCUGGGAAGAUGUACCCUUCCAUACGGAACGCGAUAACUAUGAACAAUACUGUCGAUAUUUAAGAGAAUAUGUGAUUGGUUCGUGAGUGGUUCAUGUUUUGUUCGAUUAAUGCCACAUUCCAGAGCCAGUGGUGUUGGCUUACACUCUGUAUAUUGGGUCCUCUGUGGCGGGGCGCCGCCGCCGCCGGCGAGGCCUCUGCUGUACAUUACCGCCGCCCGCCGGUCAGAGCCGCGCCGCCGUCCGCGCACUUUCUCUAAGUGAAAUUAUAUUUGAGAAGCUCGAUUUUGUUUUUAUAUUAAAGUCUUGUGUGUAGAUAAUUUUUAUGAGGAAUAUAAAGUAUAUGUACCUA